AGGAUCGUUGGCUUUUAGGAACUCUCUCUCCUCCUAAGCGCAGACACUCCAAAGGCGCGCAGAGCCUCAGCGGCGCCCCGGGAGGCUGCACCCGGGGGUCAAAUUUCCAGCCAAACCCUCUUGGUUGGGCUGGGCUGGGCGGGGUGGGGCUGCCUCCUGCCGGCGCCCAUAAGAGGUCCGGGCGCGCAGCCGGGCGCAGCAGGUGGGGCGCGAUGGCUCUGCGCGAGUGGCUUCUCUGGGCGCUGCCUUCCGCGGAUCCCGGGGCUUGGAUCGUGCUGCUCGGGGUGCUGCUGCUCUCGUGGCUGGCGCUGCGCCCUCUGCGGCUCUUGCGCGGCCCGGACGAGGUGGGCUACGCGGGCGAAGCCGGGUGCAGCCGCGCAGAGGCGGCCCGGCGAGCGCGCAGGAGCCGGCGGCUCGGGCAGCUGCCGCCUGUCUACCCCAACGGCUGGUUCCGCCUGCUGGAUUCGGCGCAGCUGGCCCGCGGAGAGGUGCGCAACGUGGCUGCGCUGGGGGAGCAGUUUGCCGUCUUCCGGAACUCGGAUGGGAAAGUUUGUGUGGUGGAUGCCUAUUGCCCUCACCUGGGCGCCAACCUGGGUAUUGGAGGCCAGGUAGUGGGCAGCUGCAUUGAGUGCCCGUUCCACGGCUGGCAGUUCGACGGAGAGAGCGGCAAGUGUGUCAGGAUCCCGUACGCCGAGAAAGUGCCCGAAUUCGCCAAGAUCAAGGUGUGGCCGUCGUGCGAGGUCAGCGACAUGGUCCUGGUCUGGUACCACUGCGACGGCAUCGACCCGACGUGGCGAGUCCCUGACCGCGAGGAGUUCCUGCCGCGCCCGUGCCCCUUCCGCGGCCUCACCGAACACUUUGUCAACGUGCACAUUGAGGAGAUCCCAGAGAACGGAGCGGAUACGGCCCACCUCUCCUUCCUCCACCGCCACGCUUUCCUGAGUGGAGCCGACCUGCGCUAUAUGCACUCCCCUUUCUGGACUUUCUUCCGGCACCACUGGCAGGCAGAUUGGCACCCUGAUCUGGAGCCCAACGCGCACUGUUCCCGCUUGCAGCUGAAGCACAACAUCACUCUCUUCGGAAAGCACUUCAGCUUCAUGGACCUGAGAGUUUCAGCCUGGCAGGUGGGGCCCAGUUUGGUCUUCCUCGUCCUUCGGUUUCCCCUCCUGGGCCAAGGAAUCAUCGUCCAAAGCGUCACCCCCGUGCAGCCCCUCAUGCAGCAGGUGAUCCACCGAAUAUACUUCCAGAAGAACGUUCCCGUCUUCAUCGCCAAGAUGAUCCUCCGGGCAGAGUGCAGCCAGUUUGAGCGGGACGUCAUGAUAUGGAACCACAAACAGUACCUCUCCAAACCGCUUCUGGUGAAGGAAGAUGGGGCGAUCCAGAGGCACCGUCGUUGGUUCUCCCAGUUCUACGGCGAAAAGAGCCCGAAGAUUACCAGCCAAAAGGAGAGCCUGGACUGGUGACCGACAGAAGCGCCCUUUCCCCCUCUGGGUCUUUUUUCCUCCUGUCAAGGGGAUCCAAGAAGUCACCACCCGCGAGGCGCACUUGGGCGACCCUGUUCAGGGAAAUCUUUAGUGUGUGAUGUUGUGCUUUUAAAAUUUAUUAUGGCAGCUGCCCAGAGUGGCUGGGGCAGCCCAGUCAGAUGGGCGGCAUAUAAAUAAUAAAUUAUUAUUAUUAUUAUUAUUAUUACUAUGCCUGGGGACUGUCGCUCUUUGGCCAAGCAAGCCUUGAAGAAAUGCAGAUCCUGAUCUGGUCCACACGUGAAGCUCUUUUGCUGGCCGCCCCGAAGAAAUGUGGAUCCUGAUUUUCUCCGAAAAGAUGGACUGCAACCAGUUGUUGCCCCUGAAAAAUGUGGCUCUUUUGGCCCACAAGACUUUGGGUGGUAUGGAAUAUUGCAGAUACCGAUAUUGCACAGUUUGAACAGACUGGAUGCAUAAAAAUUGAGUCCUUUGGGAAUGAAGCAUUGUCCCGACCCAAACUUUGACUUACAGAACUUUCUUUAAAAACGUAACAAAAGCAUCAAAGAGAUAUUCAAAAUAUCCGUAUAAUAUCUUGUGCUGUCCAGCAUGGGCUCCGCAUCUUACAAAUAAAAUAAACUUAUAAUCAGAGCGAGCAAACAUA